AAGCUGCUUUCAGCUAUGAACAGCCCGAGAAGGGUUUUAUUAUUCUCUAUGCGCGAUCCUACAUACAGAGACAGAGAGUUUCGAAGAUGGCGUGGAGGCAAAUAAUCACUAACACAAGGAUAGUUUCACUCCCACAAACAAAUUCAACGCCUGGUUUCUCCAGAUUCUUCUCCAAAUCUCCAGCUUACAUCGUGAAGGUUGGAAUUCCCGAGUUUCUGAAUGGAAUAGGGAAAGGAGUUGAAGCUCAUACAGCCAAGCUUGAAUCUGAGAUUGGUGACUUCCAGAAACUUCUUGUUACACGAACCUUGAAGCUCAAGAAGAUGGGCAUUCCUUGCCAACAUAGGAAGCUGAUAUUGAACUAUGCCCACAAGUAUAGGGUGGGUCUCUGGAGGCCUAGAGAUGACCUUGUGAAAACAAAAUAGUUCUCUCGAGUUUGCUAGUUCUUUGAGGAUUAGAAGAUUUUUUUUUUUUUUUGGCAGCAAACCAUAGCUGAUUGACAUUUGUUUGUCGUUCUGUGGUUUCACAAUUGUAGUUGCAACACUUUUUUCAAAUUUUUUGAACAUUUUUGUAUUAAUGCGUGAUAUGUUUAAUUUGUUGACUAACAUUUUAAUUUUGUCAAAAUCCAAAAGAGGUUCCGCA